CUCUAUACAUGUCCUUUCAGAAAGCCUUCAGGCUUUUACAUUUGUCAUUACUUUGAGCUCUUGAGCUUGAAGGCUGAGAUUUUAAAUUGGGGUGUUUGUUCUAGAUCUUCACCACCUGGUCUGAGUUUGAGUAAGGAUGACAUGGCUACUUGGGAUUUGCACUUUAUGGCUGUUGAUAGUGGUUGUUUCAGCACAGAAGCAAUUAAAUGUUGUGCCAGGACCACAGAUGUUGAAUGUGGUACCGUCAAUGAAUAUCAACCAAAGAUCAGGCCUGCAGACUGAGUGUGUGGGAAAUAUGAUGAAGCUAACAGUGGAUAAAUCUUUAGCUCUUGGAAGUCAGCUUGAAUUUGAUGCCGUCAAUGGCACACAGAUUGAACCCUUGACUCCUAACAUGGCAGCUAAAUGUGGCUUUAGCAUAGACUCCGAUCCCUGGGGUAACACCAAAGUCUUUGCUUCUCUGCUGAACUGUUUUGCGGGGAAUGAGGACGAUGCAGUGUUUGAUAUUAACAUGCGUAUCCGUGUGCUUGGCAUCAAAGGAGGCCAAGAUGUUUUUGAGGUACAAAAGACCUGUAACUACAACCAAUGGGCUCCACGUGAAAUUAUUUGCGAUCGGAACUACAUGGAGGUUUCUGUAAACCGAUUGCCUGCCGAGAUUACAGCUAUGCGUACACAGUCUAAACUUGGACGUGGACAAGUGUUUGAUGACCAGUGGGUUGAUACGGUUCCGGAGGCCAUUACCUCCAGCUACAACAUUUGGAGGAUGGUGUUUUUCACUCCUAAACAAAAAGCAAUGGUGUUGGAGGAUGCCCUAAGGACAGGUUAUGGUGUAAUGACUACCAAGUCUCGGCUGGUGCUCCGAAGCGCUUAUGACUUGCCCGAGACCUAUGUGGAAAAUGCGAACGGCAUCCCAAUGAAAGUUAUCAGGGUGACCACAUAUUUCAAGAAACAGUGGUCCGUAACCAUGUUGGAUACCAUUGCCGCAUGUCCAACAGGUGGGCUUGUUUUUACCGAUGAACUGAUCACCUGGAACUUCCCUUGGAUUAACCCGCUGAUUGCUUCUGCUGAAACCAAUAUCAUUGAAAUGUUCAUGGGAAUUGAUGGAAAACGAAUCGACUCUGCACAAAUGGCUGCCAGAGGUUACUCAUUGACCAUAGUGGACUAUCAAAUUGUAAUGAAAUUACCUGUGGGUGGACCCGAUGGAUACUACAAGAGUCACGCUGUAAAUAAUCAGUACCAUAUCAGAUACGCCAUUGAGCCGAUGCUGGAGUUAUUGUGGAGAGAUAGUGGCGUGGAUACUACACGAUACAAAGUCCUCUUUCCGAUCAAGACUCCGCUAAUGCCUAGACCACCCCGGUUUGUUGAUAACUCUGAUUCCCAGCUAAAGGUGUUUGAUGUACUUCUGGGUGUCUUUCUUUACGAUGUCGAGUUGGUGAACAUCACCUUUUCCGGCGGAGUCCUUACUGUAGCAGAGGCCACUGCGAGAGGCUUUAGUAUACAGGAGCAGCGCUUUCAAAAUGGCUCCAAGGCCUUUCGACUUCAAGUGCCGUUCUCUGACCCAUUCGUGGUGAAAACUCGAGCUGAUCUGGUUGUCACGGUCUAUACCCUCGGCAUCAUCUAUGGUUUUAUGAUCUUGCCGGAACAAGUGCCUUUCUCCUACUCCGCAUCUGUUGAAGUAACGCUUCAGGACAUCAUUCUCCCAACUUUGAACGGCGGCUGCGAUAAGGAAAAUUUCCACAUACAGAUUUCAUUCGGAAAUCUGGGCAAGAACUUCAACGUUAUGCUGGGUACGCAAGACCUGACACCUGAGCGGAGCGCCGAGUAUGGAGUGAGCGAAAACGCCACCCACAUGAGUUUUGUGGUACCUUUCCUGGCAUCUGAUGUUGCUUUUGAGCUGAUGUACCCAACAUCUUUGAGGGCAAGGCUUGAUGUGUUGGUGUGGGAACCCGUCAACGGAUGGAGUCUUGGAGACUUUUCCAUAGCUUGCAACUUUCCGAUUACAAUGACUGAGUGUUUCAGCAAUGGCUCCAUGUCUGCGCUUGCCGUGAAGGUUGAAUCCUUGAACCAGCUUUCGCCCCGUCAGCUUACAUUGAGAGAUCCCUCGUGCAAACCCAAAUUCAGCAACGAGCGCUUUGCCUACUUCUCGUUUGACGCAAACAGUUGUGGAACCACCAGAACGUUUUAUGAUGGAGUACUGAUGUAUCAGAAUGAAAUCUCUUUGGCUGAUGUGCCAGCAUACCAGCAGCCUUUAAAGGGUGUACCUACUACUCCUGACCCAGAAUACCGUGUGACCGUGUCCUGCUUCUAUAGACUUAACGACACCAAGACUGUUGCGUUCUUCACAAAGCCACGUGAAAACGAACCUCUCCCUGAAACUGGAUAUGGGGUGCUUAAUGUCGUACUGAGACUUGCUAUGGAUGGCUCCUAUAGUCAAUUCUAUGCACAGGAGGAUUAUCCAGUUAUUCAGUAUUUAAGAAGACCUCUGUUUUUUGAGGUGGCACUGCUUCAGUCCACUGACCCUCAGAUAGAGCUCGUCCUGGAGGACUGUUGGGCAACAUUAAAAGAUGACCGCAACUCUACCCCAAGAUGGGACUUGAUUGUAGAUGGCUGUGUGAAUCUGGAUGAUGGUUAUGAAACAGUUUUCCAUCCUGUGCCUUCUGACUGGGUUCAGUUCCCAACUCACAUCAAGCACUUUGAAAUAAAGAUGUUUGCUUUUAUGGAGCAGAACGUCAUCCUCAAAGAUCAGAUAUUUGUCCACUGUGAUGCUGUGCUUUGUGAUAUCAAUCAGACUGAUGGAAUCUGCAGGAAACGGUGUCCUUCUUCCAAUCCUUUAAAAACCAACAAAGUACGAAGAGACACAAGUGACCAACUCGAGAGAACGCAGCUGUCAUCAGGAAGAAUACUGCUCUUAAGCUCUUAGUUCAUUUUGGUUUUCAGUCUUAAUAAAGUCAUUUACAAAAA